ACCUCACUAGCACUCACAAUGACCAUCCACAUUCACGGUUUCGCUGCAUCCACCUGCACCCGUCGCGUCGCUGUCGUCGUAAAGGAACUCGGUGUCCCUUAUGUCGUCCACUCAGUUAACCUCGCAACGGGCGAGCAAAAAGCACCCUCCUUCCUCGAGCAUCAACCCUUCGGUCAAGUCCCCUACAUCGUAGACGAUGCUAACGACAACUUCGAGUUGUUCGAGAGUCGUGCCAUUGCUCGUUACCUGGUACAUCAAUACGAUGCCAAUUCGGGACUCAUCCCGAAGGAUAUCAAGAAGUUGGCAAAGUUCGAGCAGGCGGCGAGUAUCGAGACAGCAGACUUUGAUCCAUAUGCAAGCAAGAUCGGAUGGGAAAAGGUGUUCAAACAAUUCAGGGGUCUUACCGCCGACGAAGCCGUCGUAAAGCAGAACCUUGAGAUUCUGACUGCAAAACUGGAUGCCUAUGAUCGUAUCUUGAGCAAGUCCAAAUAUCUCGGCGGCGACGAAUUAACCCUCGCUGAUCUCUUUCACCUUCCUUACGGCGACAUCCUCUCCAACGGAGGGUUUGCCGAUCUUUUUGAUAAUGAGAGUAAGCGCCCCAACGUCACAAGAUGGUGGAGAGAGAUCGCUUCUCGUCCCGCUUGGCAAGCCGUCAAGAACGGCGUGUAACUUACAAGCUAUCGUCAUAAGAAAUGGAAUCUUGGAGGAGGACCUUGCAUGUUUGGGAUUGUAAUGCCAUGUAUGUCAUGUAUACCAUUACAAACAUUGAAUCUUGCAGUGUACGGUUGCCCUGAGGCCUUUAGGAACGAAACUUGGAAUGAAGGCAUCUCGAA